UUCUUGUUGGCGACGUCAAUGCGGGUGUUCAUUGUGCAUAUACAUUCUGGUAUACAGACAAAGCAAUUGCGAAAAUUGCAGAAAAAAAACGAUAUUUUAGUGAAAAUUUGUUUAAAAAUGCAUAAAUAUAAAUAUUAGCUUGUGGUUUUGCUAACAGUGCAAGUUUUGUGUGGGGCAGUGCGAAGUGCUGGACUUAACGACAUUGGUUUUGUGGUUUGCCUGCUCCAGUAAAGCGUGUGUGGCUUUGUGUGUGCGUGCUAGCUUGCAAAUUGCGUGGGCGUUAACAAUUAAUUUAAUUGCAAUAAUAUAGUAUAACUGCGUUUUUAGUUUGCACGCUUGACACUUUUUCACUCUGUACAAGUGCGUAAAAAGCUAUCAAAAUAAGCCAACGAAAGCGAUUCUACACCUGUAACUCGUUAAUGCUGAAGGCUUUGCUCGGCUCAGAGUCUACAGAUUCCACUGAAGACGCAGGCGGUGGCAGCGGUGGCAACGCCAGCGGUAGCGGUAGCGGCAGCAGUGGCGGAGGUGGUGGUGGUGUUGCAGGUGGCGGCGGCGGAGUCGGUGGUGGUGGGGGUAGCAUCAGUCUAGCAUCGAGUUCUAUUUCAAGCAGCUUGAGCGCUGCAUGUGGCAGUGUCAUUGGCACGGCUGGCAAUUGCAAUCAAACGACUUGUGGUGGCAGUGUAGGUGGCGCUAAUAGCGGCUUUGUCUGCAGUCUCUCCUCCAGUGGUUACUGCAACGUCUGCCUGGCAGGUCUGGAAAAGUGUCAUAGCAACACGGGCAGUCGUAAGAGUCGCAAAAGUUUUUCAUCGCGCAGCAAAAUGUCGCAUUCCAAUUCGAGUUCAAUGCGGGGCAGUAGCGGCAGCAGCUGUCGCAGUAGUGGCGCAGUCUGCAUGUACGAUGUAGGCAGCUGCAAGUCAAUAUCACCGGGCAGUUAUAGCUUGAACGCAUUGAAUGUGGACUUUAGUUCCUACACGGCCACACAUCAGUGGUCGAAAAUGCUCGAAUGCGCCGAGUUUGUGGGUGCCAAGCGCAGCAAACACACCGUUGUGGCGUAUAAGGAUGCAAUGUUUGUGUUCGGCGGUGACAAUGGCAAAACGAUGCUCAACGACUUAAUACGUUUUGGUGUGAAAGACAAAUCGUGGGGACGUGCUUGUGCUACCGGCGUGGCGCCGGCGCCGCGCUAUCACCACUCCGCCGUGGUCUACGGCAGUUCAAUGUUCAUCUUUGGCGGCUACACCGGCGAUAUACAUUCGAACUCGAAUUUAACGAAUAAAAAUGAUUUGUUCGAGUAUAAAUUUCAGACGGCCAUGUGGGUGGAGUGGAAAUUCACAGGACGUGUGCCAGUGCCACGCUCUGCGCAUGGCGCUGCUGUCUACGAUAAUAAGAUGUGGAUAUAUGCUGGUUAUGACGGUAAUGCGCGUCUGAAUGACAUGUGGACGCUCAAUUUAUUGGGCGAAAACCAUCAAUGGGAGGAGGUGGAGCAAAAGGGUGAACGUCCGCCAACAUGCUGUAAUUUUCCCGUCGCUGUUGCGCGCGACUGCAUGUAUGUCUUCUCCGGCCAAAGUGGUCUGCAGAUCACCAACUCGCUCUUCGAAUUCCACUUUAAAACCAAAACCUGGCGUCGUAUCUCCAACGAAUCAGUGCUACGUGGCGCCGCUUCAGCACCACCUUCACGCCGUUACGGGCACACUAUGGUGCAUCACGAUCGCUUUUUAUACGUUUUCGGCGGCUCGGCGGACUCCACCUUGCCCAACGAUCUGCACUGUUACGACUUGGACUCGCAAGUGUGGUCGGUAAUAACGCCCGAGCCGAACUCGGAUGUGCCUUCGGGUCGUGUUUUCCAUGCGAGCGCUGUUAUCGGUGAUGCUAUGUACAUUUUCGGCGGCACUGUUGAUAAUAGCGUGCGUCGCGGCGAUACCUAUCGCUUUCAAUUCUCCAGCUAUCCGAAAUGUACACUGCGCGACGAUUACGGCAAAUUCUUUCACGAUAAACAAUUCUGCGAUAUACAAUUUAUAGUUGGUGCUGAGGAGAUAAAAAUUUUAGCGCAUAUCGCUUUUGUAGCGGCGCGUUCGAAACAUUUGCGCACGAAAAUCUUAGCAGCGCGUGAAGCGCGUCAACAGCAGAUGGAAAAGGUGUUCGGACCAGCCAUGGAUAUACGUAGCGCUUUGGUGGGUAGCGGCGGCGCAGAUCGCGCGCCCAUGCUGGAGGUGCGUUUGGCGCAAGCAUCACCGGAAGCAUUCGAAAUCAUCCUGAACUACAUAUAUACGGAUAGAAUCGACCUGAAGGAGUCGUAUAGCAAAAAUAUAAUAAUUUUGAUAACCGAUAUAUACCAGUUGGCGGGUAGAUUUCUAAUGCCGCGCUUGGCGCAAGGUUGCAUACAGUACUUGGAUUUCAAGAUCAACAAGCAGAAUGUGCUGGAGGCGCUGUACAAUGCGGACAAGAACAAAAUACAAAUCAUCAAGGAUCACUGCAUGCAAUUCAUAAUAAAGGAUGAAAACUACGCAGACGUCGUGCUGUCAAGCGAAUUCGGCGAUCUAGACAAAGCGCUAAUCGUGGAAAUUGUGCGCAGGCGCCUCAACCCGGGUAAAAUUGUUAUGGAAAAUAAUUUCGAAAAGAGCGAAGGCACCACACUGGAGAGCGACAUGGCGGUCUUUCUGGAGUCCACCGGCAAAGAGUUUUGCGAUAUAAAUCUCAUACUCGAUGGCCAAGCUAUACCCGCGCACAAAUCCAUACUCUCCGCACGCUGCACCUACUUCCAAGGCAUGUUUCGUUCAUUUAUGCCACCCGAUAACACAGUGAAUAUACAAAUCGGUGAAAUUUCACCCUCACAAGAAGCUUUCCAGUCGCUACUGCGCUACAUUUACUAUGGCGAAACGAAAAUGCCACCACAGGAUGCUUUGUAUCUGUUUCAAGCGCCCUGCUUUUACGGCUUGUCCAACAAUCGUUUAGCCGCCUUCUGUAAAUAUUCGCUCGAGCAUAAUAUAACGUAUGAGAAUGUUCUGCAGACGCUGGAAGCCUCGGACAUAACGAAAAUUUACGAUAUCAAAGAUUACGCCUUGCGUUUAAUAGUGAAGGAUUUUACGAAAGUUGCGCGUUUGCCGAAGAUCGGCGCUCUGUCACGUGAGCUGCUCUUGGAGAUUAUACGCGCGGUGGCCGAUUCGCAAGGCGAGUUUCUGACACGCAUCAGUCUCAAUACUGAUAUCUGAAAUUUGGUACUGCUAUGGCCGGCAUUGCAGCUGCUUUUGGCUUGGCUGCAAAUAGUCGGUGGGCGUGGCGGUAUGGCGGAGGGGCUGGACGGCGCAAAUGGUAGUGCUAGUGCUGUGUGUGAUGACUGUGAGUGCGCGUGUGAAUGUGAGUGCGAAUGCGAAUGCGGGCAGGAGUGAUGCGCGUUGUUGACCAACAACAAAAAUGUACUAACAACAACGACAAGUAGGAAACUAGCACACAUUAGCCAGUAAAGCCGUACAUGUCUAUUUUUUUAUAUAAAUUUUAUGCAACGUUUUGCACUUGUUGCACAUAAGCGCCGCUAUUUGGUGUAAAUGCAGGCGAUAGGUAUGCAAAAAAGCAAACGAAAAUCUAAGAAACGAAAUCGGUGGCCAAAUUGC